UCCAUGUUUCAGCUGCCAAUCUUGAAUUUUAGCCCCCAGCAGGUAGCGGGGGUUUGCGAGACUUUAGAGGAGAGUGGGGACGUUGAAAGGCUCGGUCGCUUCCUCUGGUCGCUGCCUGUCGCUCCGGCUGCCUGCGACGUCCUCUACAAGAACGAGUCGGUCUUGCGGGCGCGGGCCAUUGUGGCUUUCCACACUGGGAAUUUUCGCGAGCUCUACCAUAUCUUAGAAAGCCACAAAUUUACCAAAGAGUCUCAUUCCAAACUGCAGGCCCUUUGGCUGGAGUCGCACUACCAGGAGGCGGAGAAGCUGAGGGGCCGCCCGCUAGGACCGGUGGAUAAAUACAGGGUGAGGAAGAAGUUCCCUCUGCCCCGGACAAUUUGGGAUGGUGAACAAAAGACUCACUGCUUCAAGGAGAGAAUCCGACAUUUGCUCAGAGAAUGGUACCUUCAGGAUCCAUAUCCAAACCCGAGCAAAAAGAGGGAGCUUGCUCAGGCUACCGGACUGACUCCCACACAAGUUGGAAACUGGUUCAAAAAUCGUAGACAAAGAGACAGAGCUGCAGCCGCAAAAAACAGGCUACAGCAGCAAGUUCUAUCCCAUGGCUCAGUUCGGUCUCUAGUGGAAGAUGACGGCACUCUGGAUCGACUCGGCACAGCAUCCAGUCCCGAGACCAGUCUUACCAGGAAAGCCGCCACCUCGGCCGUCUCCAUGACUUCCAGCGACAGCGAAUGUGACAUCUAACUGCGCGCUCGGCCAGCCGGCGUCUGACCACAUAUACAACUGAAUAUCCAUACGUUAGGAAGUGCAUUGAUACAG